GAGAAAAGGGGCGGGGUGGUCCGAGCUGCUGUGCUGGCAGCAGUAGGCGAGGGCGCGGCUGCGGGGUUCCUGGUGCUGAGCACGGACGCCAUUGGAGCCCCAGGGAAGGACCCCCAGCACCGCGACCGUCAGACUCAAGCGCCCCUGUCCCAGCCGGGAGCUGCCCGGGUGCCUGCCAGCUCAACCGUUGUGACAGACCCUGAGCCGAAGAAACAGCCUGCCACCGGGUCCCGCCCCCUGCCCCUGAGGCAGAGCUCUCAGCUCCCUGGGAGCCCCAGCAUGGCUGAGGGAAGCUACAGUGUGCAAUCUGGAAACUCCAGUGUCGAAGACAUGGAUGAGGGGAGCCACCAAGUCAGGGUGGCAGAGAUGGUUGGAGGCAGCGACUAUGAAGAGUUUGGUGCCUUUGGUGGCUAUGGCACACUCACCAGCUUUGACAUCCAUCUGCUCAGAGCCUUUGACACCUUGGGUUCCGGCUUUCACAUCUUAGCGAAUGAGCCCUGGGAGCUGGAAAGUCCUGUGCUGGCUCAGACCCUGGUGGAGGCAUUGCAGCUGGAUCCAGAAACCCUUGCCAAUGAGACCGAGGCCCAUGCCGCCAGUGUCGCCCGCUCUGCCGCCUCCAACCGAGCCGCUCGGGCCGCUGCCGCUGCCGCCCGCAGGUCCAUCCGUCAGGUGGUGGCUCACCACAUGGUGCCCACACAGCCGGCCACAGGAGACGGUGCCCAGCCUGGGACAUACUCUGAGGCUCAGGGGCCCGCCCCGGAGGCAAUCCUGGUCUCACCUCCGACAUCCCAGAUGUCAGUCGUCAGUGAGAUGGCCGCCCCUGGGGCUCCAGCAGUCUCCACGCAUUCCCAGACGGCCUCCCUGGACCAGGCGGCUGCUGCCAGGGGUCCAAGUACUGCCUGUGCUGGGGGUCCUAGUCCCGCCUGUGCCGAGGGUCCCAGUACUGCCUGUGCCGAGGGUCCUAGUACUGCCUGUGCUUUCUCUCAGGCUCCAAGUGCCAGUGAAACGGAUGCCACCUGGCCCCAGGCAGGCUUCCUGGGCCAGAAGGAUGUCUUUGAUUUCACUCAGCCAGCAGGUGUCAGUGGCAUGGCCUUCACCCGCCCCAAGAGACCUGCUCCAGCCCAAGAGGCCGCCACGGAGGACCCUAGUGCCGCCUCUGGUGGGCCUCAGGCAGCACCUGCCCGGGAAGCGGCAGCCACCGGACCCAAGAACACCAAAUCUGGGAAGGCUGUGGCCAAGACUCGGUGGGUGGAGCCUCAGAAGGUUGUGACCUCAGCGGCUGCCAACAGCAAGACGGCCACAAGCAUCCCUGAG